AUGACCGCCUCGCUUGAUCGACUACCCUACGACGUACUCUUCCAGAUCGCCUUGGCCAUCUCACUUGAGGAUAUUGUACAUCUUAGUCAGACAUGUCACCAGUUGAGAGUACUGCUCGACGAAAGAACGCUGGUUCGACAAACUUUGAAGAAUCAACAUCCGUAUAGCGAAGAAGUGCAAAAAGCACGAGCUGGAAUAUCUACCUACGGACAAGCUUUUCAGGCUCUUUAUGAUAGACGAAAUGCUUUCUCUUCAGCAUACCCUUUCUCGGCUCGAGUUGUAGAUUUUGGGAACAGCUUUGUAUAUCAGCAGGGUACUCUAAGUAUCCUCAACGGUAGUAUCGUUCAAGUCCUGGGCAUACAUCCCCGAUCUGAUCCUGUGCGACUAAAUCUCUCCAACAUAAUUCAGCCAGUUCUUGAAACGGCUUUUGCAUCGGCUGGCAAUUUCAACGUCUCUCUGCUUUAUUACAGUGACAGUAUCCUAGCUGUCCACGUUACUAAAGAAAGAAGGCAGAGUAGUAGUUACAUCUUUGCAAUAGACACCACUCCUCAAUCAAUCAAUGGGCGAAGAGUGGUGAAUGCUGUUCAGAUACCUUCGAGUUUUAAGAUCUUUGUUCGUCAUACCGCUCGUUAUCUUUACUACGGUACGCACACUGGCCUUGGUGACGAUGGUCACCAUAAGUGGGAAAUCGAUGGCUUCGCCUUGGAUAAGAAUUUUGCCUUACCGCACCGCACACGUCCUCUCCUACUAGAAGGCUUUCAUGGCACAGAUGUAGGAUCAACAGUCGCCUUCGAAAUCCAUAAUGACUGGUUCUACGCCGUUUCCAAUCAAGGCAUUUUUGACGUCGAGGAAAUUGACGACGCAUCCUUCUACCACCUGAUCCGCUUUCCGAUAUCCAACCCUACUCCCGACGCCAUGGAAACAAAUGACCAGCUCUACCGCCGCCAUCACAACCAAGGCCCUAUCCACGACUCCUGGACAGAUCUCACCUUGCAACUCGACGAGCGCACAAACGAAACCGUCAUCGUUGAAUCCCGGCGGGAGUGGGCACAAGCUUCAUCCCGACAAUCACGUACUUUUUACGUUACAAGAUUGGAUGUCGAGCCAGCGAACAAAGUCCACCGAAAUACAAUGGAUAUGAACAGUGAAAGCGCACCACCACUGCCAGAUGAUAUACUGACAGCCCUGCUCGGACCGGAAGAUAAACCCCACUACAUGCCCACGCCUGCCCAACACAGCGAAUCCCCGCACUCCGAGUUCUCCCCUACAGACCCUUCACCACGCUCCUUCAUCCUCGCGCGCACCAAAUUCCGAACGUACAACUACAGCUGCACUUCCUUCCUCGACCUCGUCGAAGACGAGCGCUGCUGCCCUGAUAACGGUGCUAAACCACCCUGUCUACGCCUACGGAUCGGAUCCAGGCGGGAAUACCGAUACGGUCUGGAAUCUACAGUGGAGAACAAGGGAAAACAAUGCGCCUCGUCCUCACCACUCUUGCCCCAUCAAGACCUUGUAAAUAGGACGAGAUACAAACACGGCCCAACACGUAUGUGGCCCCCGCCUUCUCGCCGCUGUCCGUGUGCAAGGAGAUUGCACGACAUACUUAGCCCUAGAUUACCGUCUGGUAGUGUUGGGCAGGGAAACGCGAGGACUGUGGUGGGCGUGCUGGAUGAUAGGAGUCUGGCGUAUAUGAUCAAGCCUGGGCGGGCAUAUGGAGCGCGUGAUGCUGAAGGGGUUGGGGCCGUUGUUGUAGUCGAGUUUUGCAGACCUGUUGCGUCGGAGCAGUCUUGCGGGGAACUUGGAGUGUCGGCAUCUUCUUCGACGAGUGCUGCUGAUACAUGUGUUGACGCUGCUGCUACCGACGCUGCUGCUGUCAACGCCAGCGUCAACGCAACUCUCGACACAUGGCAGUGGACACCCGGUCUCGAACGCCGCUGUCGAGCAGGAACAUGUCACUAG